CCAGCCAUGGAGGCCGAUCCAGGAGCUUGCUCGGAUGCUCGCUACCAGCUCAGUAACAAUAGCCUAGGUUGCCUGUCCUGCCUCCUCGAGUUGACCUUCGCGACCGAAAAACCACUCGCAAAGCUCCGACGAUGAUAGCCUUGUCUGUAGAUUGAUUGCUUGCUUUCAGAUGUAGAAAUCAUGCUCCUAAUCCGUCUUCCAUAAUCAAUUACUCUCCUUAACCUUUCCGCCACUGCUCGACUCUAUACUUCGAAGCGCUUAUCUUCGUUACCAAUCGCGCGAGGCUGUUGACCGUGAAAGCCCAUUGCCACAGCAUCAAUCUUUAUAGUCAGUUUUUUUCUAGCCGCCGUGAUGCUCUCAAGCCUUGCACGGCAUCGGGCUUCUCCCCUUGCAGUCGCCGACCCAAAAACUCGUUGCAGGCUGUUGUCAACCACCACCGUCCUACGAAGUGCCCCCAUUCGAACCGCAUCAUUCAACUCAGGCUUCACGUCGAGCUAUGAUCCGAACGAAGAAGGUGGCUCCGGGCCUAUGUUUAAUAAGACGACUAUCGGAGUGCCUCAGUUCUACCCACGGGAUCUCAAGAAACGAGUCGACGAAUACGUAGUGGGCCAAGACAGGGCGAAAAAGACUAUCUCAUCGGUUAUUUUCAACCAUUAUCAAAACUUACGGCGGAGGCAAUAUCAGGAAGAGCAGGACCGUAAGAGGGAUGAGAAACUCAUGCGCCAGGCGGUUGCCCGCGACCGAAAUAUUCGAGAACGAGAACUUUACUCUGUCGAAGACAAUUAUCCAAGCCACCAUGAUUCGCUACAGACUAUGCGACAGACGUGGGCACGCCCCGAACCAGACAUUCCCGAGUUCUACAUUCCCGAAGAUAUGAGCCGCCAAGCCCCAGUCAAGAUCGACAAGAGUAAUAUUCUGUUGAUAGGACCUACAGGUGUAGGCAAAACGUAUAUACUUGAGACGCUGAGCAAAAAGAUCAAUGUUCCAUUUACGAUUUGUGAUUGCAACUCAUUGACACAGGCUGGUUAUAUUGGACAAGAUGUUGAAACUUGCAUCGAGCGAUUGUUAAUAGAGUCGAAUUACGAUGUGGAGGCUGCUGAACACGGCAUAGUGGUCCUUGACGAGUUUGACAAAAUCGCCAAGCGGGAGACUAUGAAUGGGAGAGAUGUUGGAGGCGAAGGUGUGCAACAAGCACUGCUGAAAAUGAUUGAAGGGACCAAAGUAACCAUCAACGUUAAGGACAACCGGUCGUCUUCCAGGUCAGCAAGCCCUAUCACAACAAACUAUACCGGUCCUGGGUCGUCUUCUUCCACCUCCGGACCACAAGCAGCCCCGCCAUCAUCAGGGAAAGUCGACCAAUACACAGUCGACACCAGUAACAUCCUCUUUGUAAUGUGUGGCGCUUUUGUCGGUCUUGACAAGGUCAUUCUGAACAGGGUAUCAAAACCAACCAUGGGAUUCGGAUCCGAACUACGCAACCGGUCAUCGAGUGAUAGCAACCAAGCUGAUCUCCCGGCUAAGCUGUUUAGCCAUGUUCCUCAUCGUCCAUCUAAUUUGAAGGACACUACCGGGUUCACGGCUCUAGAUCUGACUACUCCGGAGGACCUGCAAGCCUUCGGCUUCAUUCCAGAGCUGAUCGGACGUGUGCACAACAUCGUAGCGCUAUCGCCCCUCUCACGAUCCGACCUCGUCCGAAUCCUCACGGAGCCUCGCAACUCCCUAGUUGCGCAGUACACGGCGCUAUUCGAGACGUACCCUUCGAAGCUCUUCUUCACGCAGAAGGCGCUGAACGCCAUCGCCGAGCGCGCCGAGAAGGCUCGGACGGGCGCCCGCGGUCUGAAGAUGGAGAUGGAGCGCGUCCUCGCCGAGCCCAUGUUCGACGCCCCCAUGCCCUAUGUCCUCGUCACGGAGAAGGCCGUCCGCGGCGAGGAAAAGGUCGGAUAUUGGGGCAAGGAAGGCCGCUUCGAGGUCCAGAGACGUAUCCAGGAGGAGGACGGCUGGCCCGUGACGCCUCAGUCUCGGGACCGGGAACACGAGAUUGUGAGCAUUGAGCAUUUCCGCGAGGUAGGGCAGAGCGGGGCUUAAGGAUCUUCUCAUCAUAUAUUUAUUCCCAUUUUUCUCGCCGUGGCAAGGUUGCAUGACAUCCAUUAUCUAUGUGCUUUUUGGGACAUGGGGUUUCUCUUUCAAAUCGGCGUUUAUGGGCGCCAAUGCUCUGGGGCAUUGCAUGGGGUAUGCAUUUACAUAAUGGCGU